AUGAGGAUUGCGAAACUUACCUGUUUCGCACUGCUGGGCACCGCCAGCGCCACAUAUACUGAAAAUGAUGUCCUAUCAGCAAAAGGUCUCGUCGCACUGACACUUCACAUCGCGACAUAUGGCUACACCGACCCCAAGAAAUGCACACUCGAGACUGCAGCUGUACGACGAGAGUGGUCGAUGUUAUCCGUGAGCCAAAAGCUAAAUUACAUAGACGCAGUCAAAUGUCUGGCGAAGAGGCCAGCAAGGACACCAGCAGCUAUUGCUGCGGGGGCGAGAUCCAGAUAUGACGAUUUCGUUGUCACGCACAUACUACAAACCAUGACGAUACAUGGCACGGGUAACUUCCUUGCGUGGCACAGAUAUUACAUUUGGGCUUACGAACAAACACUUCGGGAUGAGUGUGGGUACAAAGGUUAUUUGCCGUACAACAACUGGUCAAAAUGGACAGACGAUCCUCUCAAGUCGCCUUUGUUCGACGGAAGUGCGACUAGUAUCUCGGGCGAUGGUGCUUACGUUCCUGGACGAUACACAAUUUGUCUACCGAGCGAAACUCGCUGUCUCCUACUCUUCAAGCCUGCCAAUGGUGGCGGAUGUGUUACAUCUGGCCCAUUCAAGGAUUGGACUAUCCACCUUGGUCCUUUCCAGACCUUCGCACAAGGUGCUCCACCAAAUCCCCAGGCAGACGGGCUCGGUUAUAACCCGCGCUGCCUCAGCCGUGACAUCAGCCCCCAAGGCGUAAACGAAACAAAAGACGAAUACGUAGUCUCUCUCAUCAAAACCAACAAAGACAUUCUCAGCUUCCAAAACACAAUGCAGAAUUUCCUCCCAGGCUCCAUGGGUGUGCACACAGGCGGCCAUUGGACAAUUGGUGGCGACGCCGGAUCAGACAUGUUCAACUCGCCCGCCGAUCCGGCGUUUUACUUCCACCAUGGCAUGAUCGAUCGAGUUUGGACAACAUGGCAACAUCUGGAUCUUGAACGCAGGCAAAAUGCGCUUGCGGGUACGAUUACGUCUUUAAAUGACCCGCCAAGUCGUAACGCUACGCUGGACGAUGUGCUGUAUAUGGGACAUGUCGGUGUACCGAAUAUAACGAUUGCUGAUGCUUUGAACACGCUGUCCGGGCCGUUUUGCUAUGUCUAUGCGUAA